UUCGCUUGAGUCAAACGUUUCAAUAUUUAAUGUCUCAUUUUUAAAACUGAAUAUAUAUAUAUUCUCCAUUAGCUUUUCAUGAAUUGACCCCGUUGAAAAGUGAGACAGUUAAAUUUCACUACGAAUAUGAAACAUUCUUCAACUUUAAUGUUCGUCAUCUUGCAAGUUGAGGGACUUAUGUACAGUUGGCGAGAGUUGACUGUCUGACGGUUACAAUAUGUAAAUUGGUAGUUAUGUCAAACUCAGGUUAUGCAGCCGGCUAUUUUCUAGGUCUAUUCAUUAGAGCAAAACGUUUUGCAACGGAAACGUUUUGCAACGACAACGAGUUUCUUAUUGGACAAGUUUAGGUAGUCCCUCCCCGUUUUGGCCCGUUUGGUGUCAAGUGAAUACGACCCUGUGUAGUUUUGUAACACAGCAAUAAUGAAUUUACUCAAGUUCUAUAUCGAAAUUAUUAUGCGCAUUCUGGUGUUCAUACAUGCAGCUGAAACUACUACAAUAGGGUGAGGAUCAUUCUACAAUUUGACAUUUCUACGUAACACCACCAGUCUCUAGCCGAGAUGACCCAGGUGCGAAGGUCGGUGGGAGAGGCGCUGUGGGGAAUGUGUGCCGCCGACGCCAUGUCCGUGCACUGGUACUACAACAUCGAUGACAUCAAGAGAGAUUUUGGAGGAUGGAUCACCGGCUUCAACGCACCCAACAACAGACACCCGUCCAGCAUCCUCACCAACUCAGCGGGGAGCGGUCGCACUGCAUGGCCCUCUGGUGGGAACUGACCCCAUGUUGUGGGUAGCGUAAUCCUCCAUAACAAGCUCAAGUUCUGGAAGGCAUCAGGCGGAUCGGUCCACUAUCACCAAGGUCUCCAGGCAGGUGAGAAUACCCUGAAUGCCAUCUGCUCCCUGAGGGUGGCACAGCCCCUGACAGGGGGGAAGUUUGCCACUGUGGCAGAACCAGCGGCGAGGGGGGGCGGAGCUGGCUGAUUACGUACACUUCAUGACCACGCCAGGAACACAUGGAGACACCUACGCAGAGUCCUUCCACAGAGCAUUCUUCUCCGACUGGCAAGACCCCAAACCCACUUCCUCCAGCAAGGUGUUACGUUUGUGUGUCUUGUCUAUGUGUUCCAGGUGUUACGUUUGUGUGUCUUGUCUAUGUGUUCCAGGUGUUACGUUUGUGUGUCUUGUCUAUGUGUUCCAGGUGUUACGUUUGUGUGUCUCGUCUAUGUGUUCCUGGUGUUACGUUUGUGUCUUGUCUAUGUGUUCCAGGUGUUACGUUUGUGUGUCUCGUCUAUGUGUUCCAGGUGUUACGUUUGUGUGUCUCGUCUAUGUGUUCCUGGUGUUACGUUUGUGUGUCUUGUCUAUGUGUUCCAGGUGUUACGUUUGUGUGUCUUGUCUAUGUGUUCCAGGUGUUACGUUUGUGUGUCUCGUCUAUGUGUUCCAGGUGUUACGUUUGUGUGUCUCGUCUAUGUGUUCCUGGUGUUACGUUUGUGUGUCUUGUCUAUGUGUUCCAGGUGUUACGUUUGUGUGUCUCGUCUAUGUGUUCCAGGUGUUAUGUUUGUGUGUCUUGUCUAUGUGUUCCUGGUGUUACGUUUGUGUGUCUUGUCUAUGUGUUCCUGGUGUUGGAGUUUGCAGAGCAGCGCUACCAGCAGAAGAUGAACGUGUCAGUCCCCGACAGCCAGCUAGACGCUAUUGGCUGCCUCCCCAUGGCCAUCCCCUUUGUGCUUCUCUCUGCCACAGCCAAUGAGGACCAAGCUGUGUCUGCAGCGGUAGAGUUUGUCCGGCUCACCCACCCCAAGGUGGAGAAAUAUGUGACGCUGUACGCCCGAGCCCUCCAUGCCACUCUGAAUGGGGAGUGUCUGAAGCAGCAAGCGGGGGCCGCCCUCAAGUCACCCGAGCUGGAUGCAUGGGACACUUGCAAGCCCUACAUACAGAAAGCAGCCAGGUUUCCAACCUCUUCUGCAGAGGGGCUCAAGGUUCACCAGAGUGCAGUGGAAAUGCUUGGAAAUGCCUGCUACACCCAAGGUGCCCUCAGUAGUAUGUUCUACCUAGCACACAAGUUUCACAGCGACCCUCAUGGAGGGAUCCUGGCAAACACCAAUUGUGGCGGAGAGAACUGCAACAGGGGUUUUGCUUUGGGGGCUCUGCUGGGGGCGAGGGCAGGGUACACGGUGGAUCUGUACCCCAGGAGUGGAAGGAUGGAUUGAGGAAUGCACAGGAACCCAUCCAUGAAAUACUAAAGAUGUUCUGAGACUGCCCCCUAUAGGACAUAAAGCGCGCAUCAUAGCACUGACACACAUACCUUACCUCCGUUUGGUUGUUGUAACUCAUAACAACAUCUGUGUACAUAUGUUUGUUGAUUUUGAGCCUUAUAUUGGCCUUGGUAUUCACAUGCUGGUCGUUGUAUGCACAAAAAGGUACCUUACAAUGAAAAAGAUUACUAUGCACAAAUAAUUACCUUGUGUAAAAGUGCUUAUUUUCCCAAUUCUACCCUUAAGGCCUUCCAGGUUUGCCUUGGUUUACUCCCCAGCUGAAAGCUCAGUUAUCUCUCUCGACCAUACUUCAAGUAAGUGUUCACAGCUGUGUCUCCAUUAAAUAUAUUUUAGAGAUCAGUUGGAGUUUACGCACUAAAGGCGUCCGCAUACAUAGGUUCGGUUUGCUCCUAGCAGAACUCGGCCAGGCGAAGUGUACGUCUGUGCUCGCAUACUCCCUUAAAAUACCUUCACUUGAAAAAUUAGAAAGAAGUGGAAAUAUUACUGUUUGUACCUCUUGAGACGCCAUAGUCAGUACACGUCCUCAAAAUAGUCUCAAUUAAUUUAAGAGAAAUCUGUAAAUCAUUUUGCGUUUUUGCUGAGGAGAUCUUAGUUGCGCAAUUUUACAUCUAAGAUUUUUGGUGCAGUAUUUCUUAUCAUCUGCAUGAAAACUAGUCGUCUCUCGUUAAAUGACAACGUAUUGUUGACCAAUCACCGACGAAGGGGCGUAGACUUCGGCUACGGAACUUUGACAAGCCUCAAGAAAAGCAUGUGUGAUGAACAGCCGGGGUAAAAACCCUGCGGAACAACCAAAACGUCACAGAAUUUCAUCAGAAUAUAUGCGCGAUCUGUUUCGACUUGGAAUUAUACCGUAAACUUUAAAGUCAUAUCGAGUUUGAGUUGAAGAAGAAAAAGUUAACCUUUUUUAAAGUACAUUUGAUCAUAUACAUUAAUUGCAGAAGCAGGUAGACAGUAGCCUGCAACAUUUCUACAUUCCUUGUUUCAAAAUUACGCGAAGGGAAACAUUGUGAUUUGAUUAUGGCAGUUCAAUGGUAAUUUAUUUUAUCAGUCUUAUUUUCAUUUGGAUAGAAUCCAGGGAAGUUAUUUGAAAGGUAAUAUGCCCUGCCAAAUUGUGUUUUAAAGUUGAAUAAAAGCAUGUAUGCUGGUC